AUGAAAUUGAAGCACAAGAUUGACGUAUUCAAUCCAUAUGCUGUUCUGGGAAUAGACGAGGAUACGUCAAUAAAGAAGGCAAAAAAGAUGUAUAAGAAGAUGCUUAGGCCGCUGUAUCAGCAGGCAAAGCACGAGGACCAAAAGAAAGAGGCUGAAAAGCAGAUAAUGGUAUUGAACAAGGCAUUUGACCUGAUUAAGGAUCCAGUGAAUUAUCAGAAUUUCAUUGAUUCACAAACAAAGAGUGAGUUGUUUGUGGCAAUGCCAAAGUUCAUCGUUGACUUUGGAGUCACCUCCUUCUCACUCUACGUGCUCUUUCUGGCUGUGGUGAUUCCAGGAAUAAUAUACGCAUUUAUCAGGAAAACAGGAUCAAAGACGUCAAAGGGGGCGGAAUACGUGACAGUGGAUAGGUUCUAUGAAGAGUGUGGUGGAAUUAGAACAGAAUACAAGAAGAGCGCAUUCUACGAACUGCUUGUUUUUAUUUCAGAAGCAGCAGAUUUGAAAAAUGCCUAUAAAACAGAUUUGACUUCACAUAAGGAUUUCUAUAGAAAGGCAUUGGAAGAUGUUGGAAGAAUGCCGCUCUUCUGUGAAACAAACGAGUUCUUGCACAUCACAGACUUCCUAUGUAGAACAAACAAGGCAACAGAGGAGGAGCAGGUCUUUACGCAACAUACAGCCAUAAGAAUAUUGGACAACUACCAGGAUAUUGCAUUCUACAGAAAUAAGGAGCUCUAUGACGUGGUAUGUGACACAAAGCGUGUCUUCUACCAGCGUAUACUGCUACCUGAGUUUGUAACUAUGCAAAUACUACCAAUUGAAAACAAUUUGGAUUUGUUGGAGAAAGUGGCCGUGUUUGAUGCAACAAAAGAGCCAUUGGAAGAAUUCUUAGGAAAACAGAACUGUCUAAGCGCAGAUGAUGUAGCAAGUGCAAAGAAACUACGAGCAUCAGAGCCAAAAAUACGAGUAAACAUGCUCAAGGCAUUCACAUACGACGAAAAACUACUAAAUGACGAGAAUACAACAAAUUACGAUAAGGUCGAAAUGGAAAACAAGUUCUUUAAGGUUGAUAAAGAUACGAAUGUGUACGUCUCAUUCGAGAUUGAAACAGUAGGGGACUAUGAGAUGAUACACGCCCCAUUCUACAACAAGCCAGUGCCAUUUGGAUUGGAAGUAACUUGCAAAUUGAAUAACACAAUGUUUGGAAAGGAAAUUUACUUGAACAAUCCCAGAAACGAGCCAAUUAAGGUCCAACUACCAGAAAUGAGGGGCGUAGCAAAGAUGGAAGUCCUUGUGAGAGUACAAGGAAUACUGGGAUGUGAUGUAAGAGAGACCAUAAAAAUAAGGUUUUUGUAA